CCUCGUUGUCCAGGGAUCUCCGAGAGCCCCUCCCCAUUGCGUCCCAUCCCUCCCCCCUUCCUCUAAGUAUUCCAGUUCAGAUGGAGCUGCCGCGUUGAGCGAUUUCCACGCAUGGAACGGUGCUGCGCGCUAUCAUAAUGACAGCCCCAGGUUGGGUAGAUGAGCAGGACCGGACCCUUUUCGUGGGCAAUUUGGAGAGUCGCGUGCAAGAGGAGAUUCUUUACGAGCUUUUCCUGCAGGCUGGACCGGUAACCAAAGUGACCAUAUGCAAGGACAAAGAUGGAAAACCCAAGACUUUUGGAUUUGUCUGCUUUAAACACACAGAGUCAGUGCCUUAUGCCAUAGCUUUGCUGAAUGGAAUUCGUUUAUAUGGAAGACCAAUUAAAGUGCAGUAUCGGUUUGGAAGUUCCCACUGUCCAGAGUUAAACAAUUACUGCCAAAACAUGGAAAACAAUACUGAUGUACAGUCACCAACAUACAGGUAUUUAGAGCAUUAUUGUACUUCUCCAUUAUCUGUUAGUCCUUUCCAGGUGAACAAUAGUCCACUUCAGGGAUAUUCUGCCUUUCAAAAUAUGAUGACAUAUUUCUUAGCACAUCAAUAUACUCCAUAUAAUCCAAUGGGACAACAAUUUCCUUACUAUCAAAUGAUGACACCACCGCCACCAUCACCAUCAUUUCCACGUUUUCCCACAUCACCCUACACGAAUCCUGGACAAACCUCUUUUGAAUGUGUGUACCCAGAACCAAAGAACCACAUGCUGAAUCUAGUUAAUGAAGGCACAUCUAAAAGGAAAAGGCAUCGGGAAACUAGUGAUAGCGACAGUAGCAUGGAAAAUGACAGGAAAAAGAUAAAGAGAAAAUGAACAAUAUAAAGACUUAAGUAUUAUAAUUGGAUGAGUGGCUUCAUUUUGUACUACUUAGUUUUAAGAGGGGAAGCUUCUUUGCACUUUACCAAAUGGAGUCACAAGAAAUAUUACGUGAUUAUAACAAUACCUCAAGCUAUUGCAAAAUUUCUUCUUCAAAUUAAGGUUGGAGUAUUAUGAAUUAUUGUAGAGGUUGCCUCCUUUUUUCUUUUUAAGAGACAUAGCUUCUUACACUUUUAUUUGCUUUUAUUUAUUUUCCUUAUGCUUCAUCAACUAUUAGUGCAGCAAUAUGCAAUUCUGUUAAAUGUAUACACACUAGUCUCAUCUAGUAAUAGUCUCAUCUAGUAAUUUAGUCAAAAGGAGCAACUGAUGAAUUUAGCCUGGCUUGUAUUUAUUCAACACUUCUGUGUCCUGAGAUGCCUCUUAAAACCAAUUGUAUAUGUAGAAAUAGCAUAUGGUACAGACUUUGCUAGACUAUAUCAUGUCAGAUUGUUGAUGUGUGAUUAUAUGUUUGAAUGUUCUCCCCACAUAGUAAGCUUUCUACACAUGGUAAGGCAGAAUGGUGGAGAGAAGGUUUAGUAUAUUGGAGAACUGUGAAGUAAGCUUCUUUAUUUAUGUAUUUAGUCAAUCCACCUACACCACCUACACCUGAAGUGGUAUAGUCCUGAAAGAGUACAUUAUGCAUUUUGCAUGACUGUAAGGUUACAGUCUGAGGCAGAGUUAAAACUUGAUAAUAUGCAUGUUUGGAAAUAAGAACCAUUGUAUUCAGUAAAUGCACAUAGAAUUUACAGCUUCAGUUGGAAAUGACUUAAUUCUGAGUAAAUAUACUUAAGAAGAUAAAAAAAUUGAUUUUUACACAUCUGCUGAAGAGUACUCACAAGAAUGCUACAGACUGAUGCACUUUCAAGCAUGAUAAACAAAGCAUUUUUUUGGUCAUAUUUUGAAAGAAACAACUUGCCUAUAAAGCACUUAUGGGCUAUAUAAUUACUAGCACCUGCAGGGAAUUUUAUUUUUUAAUGACUGCAUAUCCACAUGUGUAUGUUUCUCAAAGCACUUAUAGAGAAUGUUAGUUCUCCUACAGUGUCACAUUGCAAUGCAGAUAUAAUAAAGGUUGUCUAUGGUGAGAAUCUA